AUGGCUCUUACAGGAAAGCGUUCUCAUAUAUUACUAUUAAGUGAUAGAAACAACAAUAAAGAUAAUACAACCAGGAAUAACAAUCCAGAAGGAUCUGGUGGUACACAUAAUGCACCAUUCAUUUUGCAACAAAAACGAGCCAAAUUAAAUGGUGGUCGUUACAAAGUCACUGCUGAAUAUUCUAGCCCUGUAGAUUCCGAAGAUGAUUGCAAUGAUACCGGCUAUUCUUCUAUCGAUUUCGAUUCAGUAGUGCAUCCUUCAAGGAAGGCUAAUCUUCACUUUCCAAACCCCAGAGCAUUAGCCGAAAUAGUCAAUUGCCCGGCAUCAUGCAGUGAUGCAUUUACGUUGAAUUCCAAACUUGAUAUCAAGAAUGCAGCCAGUACCGUCAAUGAUACCUCAGACUUUUCUACUGUAAACAGUGAUAACACUGGUGUGGAGAAGGAGUCAACUGAUCCAAAUAUGUUUUCCAGUACUGCAUCCACUGCAAAUUAUUUAACAACGUCAAUCCCAAGACCUUUGUCGAGACAUUCUUCGUGUGUUGUUCCUCAGUCUGAUCUGCUGGCAAGAGAACGUUGUUUCGAUUACAUUGUCCAAUCCAUUGAUGAAGUUUGGGCAAGAUAUUGCGACACGACGUCUUCAGCUGAGAAUCAACUUUACCCAUAUGGAUAUGUCUCCCCUGUAUCAGAUUCUGAAACUUCCGGCAGUGAAAGCGAUUCGGGUUAUAAAUCUAGUACGGACGCCGAAACUGACUGCGAAUAUCGUAAGGUUUCUAAUCUGCCUGAUUCAAAAGAACUACAAUCACUAAAAGAUCGUUUAACUAAGGCUAAGCAUUCUUUGGAACAGACCGUGGAUUCGGUGCAAUUUCAAGAUUGUGUUCUAUUUUGGAAUCGGUGGGACAUGAUCAAAUACAAUGCUGUUGAAAUGAUGGAAGAAGAGGAUGAUGAUGAGUUGGUAGAAUCGGUUAUAGAGGAGUUAGAAGAAGGAAGAUGGUAUAACGAAUCGUGA